AUGAAGCUCUUUUUUGUAUUCCACCUCCUCUGCCAGACAUCCCUGUCUUCACUCAGCCCUCCCGCAGCCCCAGUACCCCUUGACUUGCCCCUGAAUAAGUCCUUCAUUUCAUUGACUUGGUUCGACAAAUACCAUGACUAUCAAGCCCACGUUGAUUUCCUCCACAGCCUCGCAAAAAAGCACGCUCACUUGGCAAGAGGGAUUCAUCUCUUUGGGAAAUCAGGGCCUGGUCAAAAGCCUGCCAUCGUCUUCUUUGGCACCAUUCAUGCCCGGGAGUGGAUCACCACCAUGGUCACUGAGUACACCGCGUACAAUCUGCUGAAAGGGUACCGCAUCAACAGGGACAUCAAGCAGGCACUCAACAGCUUCGACUUUUACAUAUUUCCAGUAGUAAACCCUGAUGGCUUUGUCUACACCCAAACCACGAACCGCAUGUGGCGCAAAAACAGGCAGACGCAAAAGGGCACCGCGUGCGUCGGCCGCGAUCUCAAUCGCAACUGGGACGUCCAAUGGAACCAGACAGGCGCCGCGUCAUCCAGGCCCUGCCGCCAGACCUACAAGGGGCUGACACCCCUCGACGCACCUGAGACGAGGGCUCUGGCCACAGAGCUGAAAGCCAUCAAGAAGCGGCAGGGGCUGCGGCUCUUUAUCGACUGGCAUGCCUUUGGGCAGCUGGUCAUGUACCCAUACGGACACUCGUGCGACAAGAAACUGCCGCCUUUCUCAGCGACGAGUUGGCUGGCUGGUGAGCUCGCCGAGGCCAUGACCAAGGUGCGCGGCACCCGGUACCGAGCGGGCACGGCGUGUGAUUUGCUGUACCCGACCUCGGGGGACAGCGCCGACUAUGCGUUUGAGGUGCUUGGUGCAGACUACGCCUACACAGUCGAGUUGCGGCCCGAGGUGGGAGGCCGAGGCGGGUUCAAGCUGCCGGAGGACAAGAUCUUGGCGACUGCGGAGGAGGCGUGGGGAGGGAUCAGGCAUGUUUUGAAGUUGAUUCAUCUUUGA